AUGUAUGAAAAACCGAAAAUAAACUGGGAAGAUAUAUUGGUUAUCAUUGCAUACUUUGUUAUUGUUAUAUCCGCAGGAAUAUUUGCAUCAUGUCGGAACAGAGGAAGCAUUGGUGGAUACUUUUUGGCUGGGCGUAGUAUGCACUGGAUUCCGGUUGGGGCUUCUUUGUUUGCAAGCAAUAUUGGAAGUGGUCAUUUUGUUGGACUUGCAGGAUCUGGAGCGGCCGGUGGUAUCGGUAUAUCUAUUUUUGAAUUAACUGCAAUAUUUAUACUUCUGUUAUUGGGAUGGAUAUUCGUACCUGUUUAUAUUUCUUCAGCAGUUUACACAAUGCCAGAAUAUUUGAAAAAACGAUUCGGAGGAAAACGUAUCCGUAUUUAUCUCAGCGUUCUUGCUUUGCUCUUGUACGUUUUCACAAAAAUAUCGGCAGAUCUAUACUCUGGAGCUUUGUUCAUCAAAAUGGCGAUUGGAAUGAAUAUUUAUCUUGCCACUCUUAUACUUUUGGCUGUUGCUGCACUUUUUACAAUAGGAGGGGGACUAACCGCGGUCAUUUGGACGGAUUUUGUGCAGACAUUGAUCAUGAUUGUCGGCGCAUUUGUUCUUAUGGUUCUUGGAUUUAUUGAGGUGGGUGGUUACGAAAACCUAGUAAGAAAAUACCUUAAUGCGAAACCGAACACAACAAUGAUCUACUGGGAUGAUAAAAAUUCGUCCAAGUAUAAAUACGUAGAUUGUGGGUUGCCGUCAAAAUAUUCCAUGCAUUUGUUUCGACCGUAUGAUGACCCCAAUCUACCAUGGCCAGGAGUAAUAAUUGGGCUUACUAUUUCAUCGAUAUGGUAUUGGUGUACUGAUCAGGUAAUUGUUCAACGUGCCUUAGCAGCCAAAAAUAUCUCCCAUGUUAAAGGUGGCACUAUUUUGGCUGGUUAUUUGAAAUUUCUACCCUUGUGGAUUAUUGUAUUCCCUGGUAUGAUGGCUCGAGUUAUGUUCCCAGAUACAGUUACCUGUGUUGACCCGGAUGUUUGCGAGAAAUUCUGUCAAAGCAAAUCUGGUUGCACUAAUACUGCCUAUCCGAGGCUUGUGCUAAAACUAAUGCCCAGUGGUCUCAGAGGUUUAAUGAUGGCUGUCAUGAUGUCUGCCCUCAUAUCAUCCUUGACAUCUAUCUUCAAUAGUGCCAGUACUAUCUUCACUAUCGACAUUUGGAGGAGAAUACGAACCAAGUCAUCCGAUAUGGAAUUGAUGAUUGUUGGAAGAGUUGUUGUCAUUUUUCUGGUUGGUAUUAGCGUCGUAUGGAUUCCAGUCAUCCAGAAUAUUCCAACAAUGUUCCACUAUAUCCAAGCCGUAACAAGCUAUUUGGCACCACCAGUGUGCGCCAUAUUUGUUUUAGCAGUUUUUUGGAAACGAACUACAGAACCGGGCGCAUUUUAUGGCCUAAUGGUUGGCUUAGUGGUUGGUAUGAUUCGCUUCAUUUGGGAAUUUUCAUACCCGUCUGUUCCAUGUGGUGAAGAAGAUACCCGUCCACCAAUUAUAAAAGAUGUUCAUUAUUUGCAUUUCGGAAUAAUUCUGUUUGGCGUGUCAUUAAUUGUAUCUGUCGUAGUCAGUAUACUAACGAAACCAAUAGACAGCAGCCAUUUAGAAGGAUUGACGUUCUGGACAAAGGGAAUGACCUUCCGCUGGAAGAAAAUAGCCAAAAUAAAUACAAUAUCUAACCAAGUUUCUUGUCAAGAAUCAACCGCGACCAUUGCUAGCAUGAGCGUUGAAAGUAAUAAAGAACCUAUUAACGAAACAGCUGAAUUUGCUCCAGAGCCGUGGUACAGGGUUGCGUUUAAUUGGAUCUGCGGCAUUGAAAAGAUGAAGGACACAAAAGAGUUAACUGAAGAGGAGAAAAUGGCACGGCUCGAUUUGCAACAGGGAUGUACACUUUCUUCCUCUUCUGUAAACAGCUCGACUUACAACAGGGACGUACACUUUCCUCUUCUCUUUGGUUUUCUUCUUUCUUUCCUUCUUCCUCUUUAUACAAUUUAG